AUUUUUUUUCUCACCCGACUUUUCCUGUUUCCACUCCAUCGCCUAACUAAACAGCUCAUUGACAUUGCCCUUCGCCCCAUCACACCGCUCGCCUUUUUCCGUAGUCCAGACGCCUUUUGAAAACAGACUCCUUUGUUGUGAAAAAGGAAGUCUUCUGCUCUCGUAUCGUCAAAGCUCUUUCCAUUCUGCGGCAGGAAACAGUCUCAAGGCAUCUCUAGACCUCCUCCCCACAAAGCUAUUGUGGUGCCUUGGACUUUUCCGUCAGCCUGCUCUAUAACCUGCAAAAUAUUGUCCCCCCCAUACGUCUCUAUCAUCGCAUCUGUCAUGUCAACCACCUACGCCGUCCACACGAAGUCGAGCCCAGAGUCACCUACGUUUGUUAAAUCAUCCUAUCAAGUACCCCAUUACACCUCUUCGGUUGAAAGCGCACGCACCGCUCUAAGUGCAAACAGCAAUGAUAUAUUGGUUGGAGAACAAUGGCUAGUAUUAGGCCGCAUUGGUGAAGGAUCAUUUGGAGAGGUGUUUGAAGCACGAGACAUUGAUACCAAUCGUUCAUAUGCCAUUAAACGAGAGCCUAAAUCAAUGAGACAUCCCCAACUCAAGCAUGAAAGUAUUAUGUACGAUGCCCUUGUAGGAGGACCUGGCAUACCCGCUUGCCACUGGUAUGGCGAGCAUGACGAUUUUAAUUGUAUUGUGGUUGAUCUACUUGGCCCAAGUCUCAAACUAUUGCGACAGGCUGUUUCAGAUUUCACUUUGGAUGUUGCACUGAAUAUUGCAUGUCAGCUGAUCAACACUAUAGAACACAUUCAUAGUCGAGGCAUCAUCUAUCGAGACAUCAAACCUGACAACUUCUUAUUUCCAGCAUCCUUUCGCUUGCCUGACCCUGAAUGCUUUGAAACUCAGACAGACAAUGGGUUCAUGGUUUAUGAGGCUGCUCGACCUUCGUGCAAAGUCCUUUUCGAGGAGCAAGAUCCAUCGUCCCUUAAAAUUUUUGCCAUUGACUUUGGAUUAGCUUCCUGGUGGCGAAAUCCAAGUACAAAUAAGCCCUACCCCGAAGGCAAACGUCGCAUUCGUAAUAAAACGGGCACCGCUCGUUAUGCCUCCCUCAACGUUCAUCGCGGCAAGGAACAUUCAAGACGAGAUGAUAUGGAGAGCAUUGGCUAUUUAUUAAUUGAUUUGGCCAUGGGAUCUCUACCGUGGACUGGCAUCCAAGCUCGAAAUUCCAGAUUGGGAUGGGAUAAAAUGCGAGAAGCGAAGGAAAUGAUCAUGCUUCAAGAUUUAUGUGCUGGCCUUCCCUUGGCUUUCCUCAAGUACAUUGAAUAUGCAAGAGCACUUAAAUUUGACGAUGAACCUGACUAUGGUUACCUAAGAUCUUUGUUUGAAGGGGCGAAAGAGGAUGGUCCUUAUUCCGAAUAUGUCAUACCUUUUGAUCGAUCCUAUCUACGAGGAAAUGACGUAGAAGUUUUGUCUACGGUGUCUGAUCAAGGAACUACGGCCAAAAAUACCAAUAGUGACAAGCAACAGGCUUGGUCAGAUGUGGAUCAGUAUAAGUCUCAAAACGUACCUACGCGAGACAAUGAUGGUAUCUUUGCCAUGGACGAUAUUAUACCUCAUGAAGAAGACAGGACCAAGCGAGAACGGCACGAUCAUGGACAGAGAAACACUCGGCAGAGACAUCGUGAACUAUCCAACUCAUCCUACAAAAAAUUGUUGCAACAAACCAGAGACCGAAGAUCCAAUGUUGGAUGGAACACUCACAAACGACUCCAGCAAGCUUGGGAGCCUAAAAUAGACUGGGAAACUAUCCCAUCUGCCGAAAAAACGUCUACAUCGUGGGGCGAAGACCGUCCUGAUGGUAUGUGGUCUAAAUCAAGCAACGCUGAAAAACAUGGGUGGCCGGAAAAAAGAGAUGCUUUAGCCGACUCCUGGACAGCAAAGCACGACGGGUGGGGGGGAAAUUGGGAGAGCGGGGUUGACCGAUCCAACCAAGUGCAGCCCGAAAUGAUGAUGGUCGACGGAGUCGGAAAGCAGCCUCAACAAGACAAGAGACAGAACGGAUUAACGUCCCUUCGAGACGCCGUUCAUGCUCAACCAUGGGUUCCAUCGUCCAUGGAAUCUGAGGUAUCUAGCGUUGCCCAGCAAAUGGCGAAUCAUACCAUCAUGGACAAAGAAGAGGGUCGCAGAUCGGGUAGACGCGUAUAUGGAAAAAUGAAUAGCCAUGUUUAUCAAAACCUUAACCAUCCACGAUUGGAUGCAGACAAGAAAGGUGAACGCCGCGAACGCCAUUCCAAAGGUUCUACGACUGGAUCGAUCAAAGCGAACAAAGGUGGCGAGAACUGGUCACCAGAGAUUGGACAAAAGGCAGAAGAUUGGCAGCAAGUCGGCCGCCAACCGCCACGAAAGCCUUUUAAACCGAAAACGACGUCAACGCGGACCGGCGGAUAUAAUGAGAAGAUGCAUCAAAAGGGGUCGUCAAUGAAGGAUUUACACCACGCAAAGAAAUGAUGUCUUGGGUUAUUGCUUUCAUUCAUACGAACUCAACAAGGUCUUCUUUCUUUUGUAGUAUAUAACCAAAACCUUUUUUUUUUCCCUUUCUACUUUGUACAUGAUUUUUUUCUUUUCCUUUUGGUUCUAUCAGAAAACUUUUGAAAAAUAAAAUAAACUCCUUUGUUGUACCUACCCACACAUA